GUAAAAAUUGUGACAACUAGCCCCGGAUUCCCCUUUAUGGCAGAUGUCAAGUGUUUUAUUUUUUUUUUUAUUUUUUAUUUUUUUAAGAGCUAAACGUUGUUUUAUGCAGAUAUUUGUAACCCUAAUGAGCUUCGAUAUAUGCGUUUUAAUAUAGGUAUUUUGAUAAUGAAAUGGCGCGAGACAGCUGUUUGAAAUAAAGAGUAAAUCAACUUACGCUGCUGCACUAGUUUGAGCGUAGCAGCUUGUAUUCUCCAUCAUUUUACGCCCCAUGCCUGUUGCGCUCGUUUCCCAUCAUGCAGCGCGAAUUUAUAUAGCCAUCUUGUCGGGAGGUGAAAUUUUUGGAUUUUCUGUUUCCGAAGUCUCUUAGUUAGUUAGCCGUAAAAUUUAAUUCCUAGCCGUUUUCCGUAGCUAUUUUAGUACGGUACACGCGACACGUUAAUCGCAGAGUGUGGUGACGUCAGAGGCAGUGUGUGGAAGCGCGUGCACAGGAUGUGUUUGAUACUUAUUUUGUAGGUAGAGAAGUGAGAGAGAGGCAGUAAGGGGGAGUGAACGCAGCGGAAUCUACGACAGCGGCCUUACACACACCGUACAGCCUGUUUCUGCCCAGACCGAGCUCUGUUUACCAGCACACGAAGAGACGUUCUUAAUUUAUACACGGCUCGUGGAGGUUGUUUUGUGCGCCGUUGACGCGUCGAAAAUGCAACAGGAGAGAAGGGGAAGACGGAUGACGCAUGAGCAUCGGGCAGAACUGUGAAAUUCGGGUCCGGUGCCGCAAUAAAUCUGCUGUUUUGUGAAGUUCGGGCAUCUUAAAGGCUUUUCAACAUGUCUAAGAUGCCUGCGAAGAAGAAGAGCUGCUUUCAGAUCACGAGUGUGACUCAGGCUCAAGUCGCGGCCAACAGCGCGACCGACGACACCGAGAGCCUGGACGACCCGGAUGAGUCCCGGACAGAGGACGUGUCCUCCGAGAUAUUUGACGUGUCCAGGACUGACUAUGAGCCCGAGGUGUGUGACAUCAGCUCCUCCGAGGAGACCUUGAAUAAUGUAAGUGAAUCGGAGGGGCAGUUGCCCGCUGUCGCCCCUCUGAACGGCGGGUUUGGGGCGCGUAACGCGCUUCCUGUGGGUCACCAGAGCGCAGGCAACGUUCAGGCCUCUGGUGCGCAACAGGCUGGCACAGUGACCACGUCUCAGCCAGCACAAGUCACAAAUGUAUCAAGUGCGACUACUAUAGCCAGCUGCAGUUCGCGUUUCAGGGUCAUUAAACUUGACCAUGGCACCGGAGAGCCCUUUCGGAGGGGAAGAUGGACCUGUACUGAGUAUUAUGAGAAGGAUCAAGAGGGCUCUGUGAUGAGCCGGACAGUGGAUAGUAUAAGGCAUACGAAUGUGACAGAGCCCGGGACGGAUAGGGACAGUGGGCUCGGGGCCACAGUUGGCUCAGCAGUGGCACAGGUGGGGGUGUCUGACACAGGUUAUGACAGUUCUACUUUCUCUGGCUCAUCACAUCCACUAGAGCCGUCACACAGUUUCAGCGUGGCCCCACAGCAGGUUGUAUCGGGAUCUGGGUCCCCAGAGUCCUUUAGUAAUAAACCAGUGCCUGUGACUGUUCCACAGCAGGUGCCGGGCAACAGUGUCCAUCCAACUGCCCAUGAUGGAGUACAUCAGGGCGCUCACAUUCAGAAAUCUCCCAGCAUGCCUCCUGCAGUACAGGCGCUGCUUUUUCAAACCCAACCUAUUACGCAUCAUCUGCAAACCCAACCUGCUCUGACCGACUACGGUCAACAGCACAUGCCGAUUACGGUCACCCAGACCCACCCAGGGGCCAGCCUGUCCAUCGGACUCGGCGUCAGUCAGGGGCCAUCACCCGUUCCGACCACAGCUGCUGGAGGAAUGCAGGUUCUGGGUGUUGAACUAUCCAGCGCCCAUGGAGGGGUUCCACUAGGGAGCCAGCCGGUGUCACCGGUCCCAAGCCUGUUGGGGCUCUUGACACCAGGGACUUCCAUUCAGCAACAGCCAGUGGCACAAUACCAGGCCUCGGGAGCAAUGCAUGGUUUGUGUACAGUCCCACAAAGCAUGCAGAACAUGCCCACAGUGCCAGUGACUGCUGCUGUGCCCAACCUUAAUACCUCUGCACACAGCCAGCCGCCCCAGGUCCCCCGCAACGGAAUGGCUGUGGGCACCCCAGGAAUGCCCACCAGCAGCCUCGGUCAGGUGGAUGAGAGCCGGAGGAUGUCUGAUGCUGCUGCACAGAUUUCUGCUGUUCACAAUAAAGACAUGCUGAAGCCCUUAAUCCCAGAAGGCCUGCAAUUGCACAACCCGGCUGUGAACAAUCUUUUCGGAAUAUCCAUUCCCAUUGAUGGGGAGGAUGACAGGAACCCCUCCACAGCUUUCUACCAAGCCUUCCAGUCUGGCAGUAGGCUGAAGAACUCAAAGAUGACCUGUGAUAGUGCCUCAGGAGCGAGUGUCGUCGCUAUUGAUAACAAAAUAGAGCAAGCAAUGGAUUUAGUGAAAAGCCAUCUGAUGUAUGCUGUCCGGGAGGAGGUGGAGGUGUUAAAGGAGCAGAUAAAGGAGCUCUUUGAGAGGAACUCUGUGCUGGAGCGAGAGAAUGCCGUGCUCAAAUCUCUAGCCAACAGCGAGCAACUCUCCCAACUCUCCAUCCAGUCCAGCUCCAACCCCUCCAGUGCUCCCUCACAGCUCGGGCCAAGCACGGCCCAACCUCCCCAGCCUCAGCCGCAGCCUUACCCACAGCUGGACGUCAACAACACCAUGAACUCCCUACCACAAGAACCGCAGCCCAAUGUCACCUCUGCUUGAAGUGCAUCCUUGCUCUUCUUCGGCAGAGAGAAUGCAAGCCUCUAAUUAUAUGUAUAUUAUUACAACAGUCUUGUUCACUACCAGCGGUGUGCUUCGGUGAGCGUGCAUGCAGUCGGCCUUCCCUGUGUCAAGACCAGAGAGGUGUUUUCUGCUCGGGCACAACGCUAGCAUGCUUGUGAACUGUGGUCUUGAUUGGGGUCCCGCUUGGCCCCGCUCCCCUGGAUGAGGUUUGUGGAGAGAGACUGACCCGGAACGACAGAGUUAUUUUUUUAAUAAAGAGAAUCCAGCCAUGAAAGGGGUGUAUUUUUUAGCAUUGCAGUUUUCAUGUUGUAAGCAAGAGUCUAUUUUCAGAGCCACCAUACUUCACAACAUGGUUUUGAUUCACCAGUCAAGUUAAAUUGUACUGUUUGUUAUUUAUUAUAGGGCUGCUAUUUUCAAAAAGGAACAAUGUCGCAGAACCUGAUAGGGCAGAGAGGAACAUUUUCAAUUUGACAAUAAUUGGUCAUGAAACUCAGUGGCAGUCUACUAUAUAAAUCAAUACACCAAACAACAACAAAGUAGCAGUGGGUAGAUUUCAAACACUAACAGCAAAAUGUCCUAGCGGAUAAAGAAUGUGAAUGGGUCGAGACCUGGAGUGAAUGUACAUUUUGUAUAGUGUAAAGAAUAAAAAGAGCAUAAGUUUGUACAGGUUUGUGGGAAAAGAUCUAAACUGAAUCCUCAAUUAUCUACUCUGAUGAAGAAAACUUCAGUUCUGUUGCUAGUAAUGUUAGAAAAAAGAAGUCAGUUGCCAUAUUCUCCUGCCCCCUACCCUGAUGUCUUGUAUGUUUUGGGGGUUGGGAUGGGAUUAAAAAAUAAAAUUAAAAAAAAAACUGUGAAAUUGUUCAACCUACUUUGUAACCAAAGAUGCAAAGCUGUGUAAUUCAUUUUUUUUAUUUUAUGCACACACUAUGUACUUUUUUUUUUUUUUUUUAA